AUGGGAGAUUUCGGCUGGGCCACCUUCUCCAAAGCCUCCACCUUCGAGGCUGCCAGCAGCGGAUUGCAGGUCUCCCCUUGUGCCCUGGCGCUGUCGACCAGCGCCAACGCCUGCCUUUCCGAGACCGGCGUCUGGGGGGCGCCUGUGCCGCUGGGCGCGGCGGUCGUCGCCGGGGGCCUGGGUGUGCUGCUCGGCGUCCUCGCGGUGCUGCUGGCGCAGGUGACCGUCUGCACGUGCCUGGUGUCGGUGCGGAUUGGCCUGUGGAGUCUCUGGAAGACCGCGCCGGCGCCUUCGCGAGCCGAGCGGCAGGAGCAGCUGGCACCCGUCGUGGACGCGCCCGUGCAAGCAGGGGACGUAGUGUUCCUCGACUGCGGGGAGGCAGAGGAACCGUGGCAUGAGAGGCUGAUCCUCGCGUCUUUGGGCGGGGCGAAGUACCUGGUGCUGACCCCCGACGAGGACAUGUACGAGGAGGAGAUCGACACGCGCAGCGUGGCCGACUUCCGGCAGGCGGGCCCGCGAGGCGGCUUGCCGGCCGGCCUGGGAGCAGCCAAGGGCCAGCCGGUCUACCGCUUCACGGAGCGGCCGCGCGGCGCUGCCUUGCAGUCGUGGAUCGACGCGGCGGAGGAGCAGGCCGUGGAGCUGCGCGCGGCGCGGGGGCUCGCCGAGGAGCCUGAGCCUCCGCCCUUGGCUGACGGGGGCGCGCCCUCGGGGGCGGGCGCCGCGGGCUCCGGCUCGACUGGCGAGCGGGCCGACUGGGUCUGCGUGGUCCCCGAGGGCGACGUCAGGCGGGGCGCGGUGUACUCGCUCCCGAACUCGCUCGACACGCCGUCGGAGGACUUCGUGGCGUUCGGGCAGCACGGGCUCUACGACCUGGGCCGGCGCGGCAGGUCGGCGGUCCUGGUCAGGCUGGCGCCGGGCGAGACCGCGGACGAGGCCUUGCGGACCUUCGUGGCGUCCGCGGUGCCGGACGCCGUCGGAGGGACGCGGACGCCGCCACCCGCCGAGGACGCACGCACGCUGGCCAUCAAGCGGGACGCGGCCGGCCGCCGCUUUCGGGAUCUGAAGAGUGUGGCGGACUCGUCGGAGCAGUGUGAGUUCGAGGACUGGGCGCUGUCGGGCCCCCGCACUGCCUCGUACGUGGUGAAGGAGAUUGCCAAGCAAAGCGGGGGCCCGGUCCAGCGUCACACCACGUGGAAGCACGAGAACAAGCUCAACGAUGACGAGCACAGCGUGGUGGCCCACGAGAUGCUGUCGGAGAUUUUGGAGUUGGCUUGCACCUACGACCAGGUCGACGUGGCCAACCUGGCGAGCAUGGAGGCGCUCGCGAGGCACCUGCAGUUCCUGGAGCACAAGGUCAAGAAGAAGAAGGAGACGAUCAAGGAUUUCGACUCCCGGGACUACUACCUGGGACGCACCAGGAGGACGGGCGGGGCUACCAUCAGCCCGGAGCUGCUGAAGUGGGUCGCGGAGUCCGCGGCCCGGGACUCAGCCAUCUUGCCGCUGGAGCGCAUGGUGCCGAGGGAUCUGCUGCCCUUGCCCUUGGUGCCCGUGCCGCCGGCUCGGGGCGCGCGGGCGUUGCCGCGCCGCUCCGCCCAGAGGAUCGGCCGCAGGUCUGCUGUGGGCCGCCGUGUGAACGACUGCAUCGCCGCCCUGAACAACUUGUACGGGGAGGGCGAUUUUUGCUCGAAGGCCCGUCCUUCGGAGGCACAAUUUUCUGCUGUGGACAUUCUCUGGCAGGCCGUGUCGGACGACAAGCCGCCGGACGACGCCCCCAGCCCCGAGGCAGCCCUCGUGGAGUUGCUCGGCAUGGGUAGUCUGGGCUAUGGCCCCGACGGCCCCACUGUGGUUGCGCCGUAUGAUCGCGGCUUGGUUUCGUGGCCUGAGUCGGCGGGCUGUGUCAGCUUGCUGGAGGUGCUGCCGGAGCCAGACCGCCAGGAGGUGAUCGACGACGAGUACCAGCGGUUCGUGCAGGACCUGCUGGCCCGCGACAUGGUGGAGCUGCGGACUCGUCGCGAUUUUGAAGUGGGAGUCUUCUUUGUGAAGAAGAAGUCGGGCCGCCUGAGGCUCAUUGUGGACGCUCGGGCUGUCAACCAGGCGCUGAAGCGGCCGCCGACGAUUCACAUGGCGUCCACCGCGGCGCUAGUGAACAUGGAGGUCGAGGACGGCGCCCAGCUGGAGUUCUCGAUCCAGGACAUCGCGGACUGCUUCUACCAGUUCCGCGUGCCGGACUACAUGGUGCCGUGGUUCGGCAUGCGCCCGCUCAGAGCGAGGCAGCUGGGCGUGAAGGUGGUCGACGGCCUCGCGGUCUCGGAGGGGUCGUGGGUCUACCCGUGCCUGCGGGUGCUGCCCAUGGGCUUCGCGUGGGCCAUGCGCUGGACGAAGCAGGCGCACCGCGAGCUGCUGCGGCGGGGAGGUCUCGGUGGCAUCGAGAACGAGCUGGUGGACAGGCAGAUCGCUCCGAGCGUGGACUCUCCCCAGGUGCCGAGGGUCGUCUACGUGGACAACGAGAUCUUCGUCUCGUCGCGACCGGGCGCCACUCGGGGUGCGAGGAGGCAGGCAGCCAAGGUGAUGACCGAGGCCGGGCUGCCACUGCACGAGGUCGAGGAGAGCAAGACGGUCGUGGAGGCGCUGGGCCUGGAGCUGGACGGCCUCAAGCUGCGGGCCCGGCUGGCGCGGGCCAAGCGCUGGAGGCUCGGGCUGGGCACCCAGGAGCUAGCCAACGCGCUGCACCUCAUGCCGCUGCUGGCCGUCCAGUUCGAUCUGCCGUGGUCCGGGCGCGUCACCUGCUCCGAUGCCACGCUGCGCGGCUAUGCGGUGCAGGAGGCCGACAUGGAGCCGCCAGCCGUGCGGGAGGUCGGGCGCUGGCAGCUCUGCUCGAGCGCCCGGGUGAGAGUCUACACGAGCGACCUCUACCUCCUCCUCCGCCGGGGCUCCCAGGUGCUGACCCCAUGGGCCCCCAAGGUUUACAUCAUGUACACCCAGCUCUGCCUCUACGGGUUCCUGAAGGCCUCAGUGGUGCCCCUCGUCGUCAAGUGCUUCGGGAUCUACCUCUGGCUGGGGCUCCUGGGGCCGCUGGGGCCGCUGCUGAGGGCUACUUGGGCGAGGAGUCAGGUUAUCCAGCAGGCGGCGAGGGCGCGGCCGGUCGGGACUGGUGGACUCACGACGCUGGAGCAGGAGAGCAUCACCCAGAAGACGAGGCAGGACUACGCGAGGAGGCUGGAGCGGUUCGACGUCUUCUGCAAGACCCACGGACUCACCACGGCGAGCGACGACGAGCUGGAGGAGGCCGUGGUGGAGUACAUGGAGCUGCAGUUCAGCCGGGGGGAGCCGUCGAACAGCGGGGCCAAGCUGCUGGCCGCGAUAGGGCAUCGCGACCCAAGGCUGCACCACGCAGGCAGGCUGCUGAAGCUGCCCCGCGUGGCGAGGGCGCUGCAGGGCUGGCGGAGGCUGGUGCCGCCGCUGACGCGGGCGCCCGCGCCUUGGGCGGCGGUGGCAGCCAUCGCGGUGGCCCUGAUCUACCGCGGCCAGCGACGCGCGGCCCUCGGCGUGGUGCUCGCGGCGGACGCCUACCUGCGCCCAGGGGAGCUGCUGACCCUCAGGGCGGACCACGUGGUGCCGGAGGAGCUGCAGUCCACCAAGACCAGGGGCUUUAACGACUCGAUCCUGCUCGACAGCCCCGCAAGGUCUUUUCUCGGGCCCCUGCUGGAGCAGGUCGCUUUCCAGUCACAGCCGAUGGAGCUCCUCUUUCCGUGGUCGGGCGCGGCCUUCGAUGCCAUGUUCAAGGAGGCAGCCGCGCUCGUCGGGCUCGAGAGCUGGGAGCUGACGCCGUACAUCCUUCGCCACUCCGGGCCGUCUCACGAUUGGCUCACCAAGGCAAGGAGCUUGGAGGCCAUCAAGCGCCGAGGCCGCUGGGCGUCCGACCUCAGCGUCAGGCGCUACGAGAAGGGCUCCAGGGUGAUGCGCCGCCUGGCCUCGCUCGACCGCGGCCGGCAGCUGGUGCUGGCCACGGCCGACCGACUGCUCGAGGGCGCCCUGAGGGACGGGCGCAUCAACGGCUUCGCGCGGCUGCUCCAGGACGUGGGCCUCGGGUGA